AAUUGGCGUCUUUGUACUUGAGCGACGAUUUGGUUGCGAUUCCCUGCCCUUUAUUCUUCGCCCUCUUUAUAUACCUCGCGAUUCGGUAGGCGAAAUGCGAGAUCGAUAGUCUUCUUGUUUGAUUUGCUGGUUGUUGAUAGGAUAGCUGUAUAUCUGCAAUGUCGUCGACGGCGAGAGGAGGGAGAGGCAUCUGCAGCGGAGUUGGGGUCGCAGGGGAGCCGGCGGCGAUCCAUGUGCUGGCGGUGGAUGAUAGCUCCGUCGACCGGGCGUUGAUUGCGGGACUCCUUCGGAGCUCGAAGUACAGAGUCACGGCGGUGGACAGUGGGAAGAAAGCACUGGAGCUGUUGGGAAUGCAGGAACCAAACGUGAACAUGAUCAUCACUGAUUACUGGAUGCCAGAAAUGACAGGAUACGAGCUGCUCAAAAGGGUCAAGGAAUCAAACAAAUUGAAACAAAUCCCUGUGGUCAUAAUGUCUUCCGAGAACGUUCCCAACAGAAUCAACAGAUGUUUGGCAGAAGGAGCGGAAGAUUUCUUUCUGAAGCCUGUGAGGCCAUCUGAUGUAUCUCGUUUGUCCGGUUGGAUCAGAUAGCAACCGGCGAUGGCAGAAGAGGAAGAUAAAGAAACGCCCGGAGGCACAAUUUUUCUUCAGCUCGCUCUCGUUUAGCAUUUUAUUCUUUUGUUUCCUUCUUAUGAGCUUUGGUGAUAAAGGGCAUGGACAAGGAGGAACUGUCACGAUGAGAGACCAUCGUCUUCCUUGGAUCUCAUCUUGCAGUUUCAGAUGUGAAUAUGCUUCAAGCAGACAUUUCAAUGUCAUUCCGAUUUGUUAGUUCGGGUUGCUCGUAAAAACUUGAAAAGGCCAUGUGUUCCUCAGAGAAACAUUUAUGUAAAAGAGUUUUGUUGUUGGAGAAUGAACAGGAAGGAGGGACAAGUCCAGUUGUAAGAUUUGAUGAGGAAACCAAAGCAGAUUUGCUGUACUGGACUA